CGGAAAUCAUUGUAGCAACGGGUUGUUGCAGGGGUUCUAUAACCCUUACUACAGCCUUAAACUUAAAGUAUAUCGUAUUCUCUUUCCUUUCCUAACAUUGCUUCAGGAAGUCCCUCUUCCCUAAUUCGGAUUUUGAUUCUUCUUCUUUUCGGUCCCUGUUCGUCGAAAGAUUUCGUCGGAGUGAAAGAGAUUGGAAAAUCGCCACGGAGCGACGAGAGAUCCAGUUCGGAGAGUCACGGCGGAGCGGCGAGAGAUCAGGGAAUAAUUAGACAAGUCACCAGAAUCAGCGAUUCCGAUCUCCCUCCUCAAUCGCUUCGAUUGAAAGGCGAUUCCAGUCUCCCUCACUCGAUCUGGCUGAUGAGGCGAUUCUCUGGUAUUCCUCACUUACGCCGGCUGAAAGAAAUUUCUUAUGGAAGCAAAGAGGCGUCUUGGAGAGAUUCUAUCCGCCUUGAAUUUAUGGACAGUGUCGCGAUGGAUGUGGUUUUAAACAAUCUAGAUGGUGUUCGGAAUCCACUGGCUCCCACUAAGCACAACUUUUAUGUUUUGAUUGAGACAACAAGCAGCGAAGAGUCCUAUGACAAUUGACAAGGUUAGAGAUAUUAAUGGGCAUGUGAGCAGCAUUGCACCAAGGUUCCAAGAUGUCCUUAAAGCCUUCUCUUACAUUAUGGAGUUCCCUUGUAGAUCCGCUGCUGGUGAAGGUCCCCUGGUUUCUUUUUGUGGAUCAGAUGGUGUUAUUAGAGUUCUUUGAUGAUCUCGUGGAAGCUUGUACACAGAUACACGUGAGGUCAUAAAGGCGCCAUAGCUUGCUUGAUGACCUUCAUGGCUUCCUCAUUUGACUAGGCGCUACUUUUUCGGGCGGUUGUGAUGGUCUACUUGUGCUUUGGAGCGCUGACCAUGUUCAUGAUUCAAGGGAGCUUGUGCCCAAGCUAAGUUUAAAGGUACCCCCAGAAAUGAUUCAUGAGUAAAGUAAACAGUGAUGUUGCUAAGAACAGUUAACGAAGGUAAGGAAACCAAUGGUGACGAGGUUGUCAGUAAGAAAGUUCCGGGACAAAAGUGGAUGGAGG